CGCCCGCCCCGCGGCCGAGCGGCGGCGCCCCGCCCCCACGGCGACACGCAGCUUCGUCACCGCCACGCGCCCGUGACGCGUGCCGUGGGAGAGCGGAGGAAGGAGUGGCGCGCCCGGCCGACAGGAGACGGGGCGGGGCGAAUGAGGGGCGGCCCGGCCGGCGAUUGGCGCCCCCGCCGUCGGUCAGAGGUUUAAAAAUAUAAGUAAUUGAAGUCAUCUUUAUGAAACUGCUCCUCAGUCAAGUGUAGCUUUUGAUGUAUGGUCUCUAAAGCACCCCACUAUGCCAGCAGCUACUGUAGACCAUAGCCAAAGAAUCUGUGAAGUUUGGGCUUGUAACUUGGAUGAAGAGAUGAAAAAAAUUCGUCAGGUUAUACGGAAGUAUAACUAUGUAGCUAUGGAUACAGAAUUUCCAGGAGUAGUUGCAAGGCCUAUUGGAGAGUUCAGAAGCAAUGCAGACUAUCAGUACCAGUUACUACGCUGCAAUGUAGACUUGCUAAAAAUAAUUCAACUAGGACUGACGUUUAUGAAUGAGCAAGGAGAAUACCCUCCAGGAACUUCAACUUGGCAAUUUAAUUUUAAAUUUAAUUUAACAGAAGAUAUGUAUGCCCAGGACUCCAUUGAACUGUUGACGACAUCUGGUAUCCAGUUUAAAAAGCAUGAGGAAGAAGGAAUUGAGACACAGUACUUUGCAGAACUGCUUAUGACAUCAGGAGUUGUACUGUGUGAAGGAGUCAAGUGGCUUUCCUUUCACAGUGGAUAUGACUUUGGCUAUCUAAUCAAAAUCCUGACAAAUUCUAAUUUACCCGAAGAAGAGCUGGACUUCUUUGAGAUACUACGAUUGUUUUUCCCUGUCAUCUAUGAUGUAAAAUAUCUCAUGAAGAGUUGCAAAAAUCUGAAAGGUGGAUUACAAGAAGUGGCUGAACAGCUAGAGCUAGAAAGGAUAGGACCACAGCAUCAGGCAGGAUCUGAUUCUCUACUCACAGGAAUGGCCUUUUUCAAAAUGAGAGAAAUGUUCUUUGAAGAUCACAUUGAUGAUGCUAAAUAUUGUGGCCACUUAUAUGGCCUUGGUUCGGGGUCAUCUUAUGUACAAAAUGGCACAGGAAACGCAUAUGAAGAAGAAGCCAACAAACAGUCAUGACAUGAAAUGAAAGGCCGUCUUUUUGACCUCCACGUGCUUGUAUAUAGGUUUUAUCUCUGGUCAAACCCAUUGGACAAUAAGGCUUUUUUUCCUCCUUUCUCAGCGCACUUUCUUUUCCGCCUUUGUAUGUACUAAACUUGACUGUUCCUAUCACAGAUUUUGAUCUUAAUAUUGAUAUGUAAAAUUUUCUGGGUUACAUUUUGGCCUUGUAACUAGCCCAUUUGUAAGCAUGUAUAGGAUCAGUGUGGCAGAGAGAAGGGGAAAGCUAAAUCAUAAUGAAUAGUUUGGUACACAUACCUAUAAUGAUCUUAGAGUUUUUUAUCUCUUUCCCCUCCCUUCUCCAAAUUAACUGGCACUGAUUGUAACUAACGUCCCCAUUCAUGUCUGUUCCUUCCAGUAUGCAGGCGUUUUAGCUAUUCAAGAUCGUGGACCAUCAAAUUUGCACUUUAGAGAGUGACUCUGACUCAGAUCCUCUGUUUUAUUUGAAGUUUGUUUUUCUUUUGCCCUCGGCUAGAAAACAAUCAUCCGCCAAGUUCAGCAGCUUCACACUGUAUUUCCUUGGUAUCUCAACCCAUAGAACACUUAUUUGUUGCAUAACCUCUGUUUGUUCAAGCAAAACAAACUACUGAAAUCAUAGUAACUGCUGUUAUUUUAUUAGUGUUCAGUCAUCUUCAGACACAUCCUGCACACAUCAACUGCUGGUUGGCCUGCUGCUUUAAAACCACUCUGUGGUGGGGGAAAGAAGCUUGAAAAAACAGCUUUACACCCUUCAGGAAAAGAACAGCUAUGACUUCAGCGUUUUUGCCAUUAAGCUGAGAGUUGAAGGAUAUUGGAAUAGGAGGAGUUUUGUAAUGGCACACUACCCUUGAUUAACUUCCUAGCUUUUAUUCUAGUCAUGUACACCUCAAAUAUUUUUUUAUGAAGUCAUAUUUAUUGCGUACUUGAUUUGAUGAUUUUUGAAAGUCGGUUUAGUUGAAGGUAAAACCCAAAGAUCUGCAAAAAUACUAUUUAAUUGAAUUAUUAAAUUAGAAGGACAAUUAAAUCGUGCUUUUUUGUAGUUGCUACAAAGACAGAUGUUACAGAUAUUUGUUGUAAGACAACAAAAUAUAAAUAACUUAUAGCUAAUAAAGUUACCUGAGGAGUGUAAUGCUAGUUUAUUUUUGAGUAUAUCUUAGCAAUAUAUUUUAGAUAUAUUCUUUUAAAGGACCCUAAAGUAUGUUGUUAACUCUGCAUAGCAUGUGUACGGAGCAGUUGUGCAGGAAGGAUUUUUGGUAUUGAAUAGCUAAAUAUAGCCUGAAAUGAUGGAAUGUGCGACACGGUGCCUGUGCGUGCGCGCGUGUGUGUGUUCGACACAGAAAUCAAUAGUAGUGAAAUCUCCAAAUGUUUGCCAAAUUAUUCUGUUUUAUCUUGUACUUAAAAACAAAAAAUCAAACACCUUUUUUCAUUGAGUUACGAUGAUGUAACUGGGUGGUUGGUCCUUUUUAAACAACCAAUGAUUUGCAUAACAGAGGGUAUUUGUUUUUAAAGCUUUUGUAAAUAAAGGCCUAAGAAAUGUUUUCUUACAUAA